AUGCAAUGCGAUAUGACUAUAAACGAAUGUCCCUUGUGUGAUAACAACCCAGAGUCUUCGUUAACUCUGGAAAUCGAUUGGAUCCAAUGCGAUAUUUGCAACCAGUGGUACCAUACUCAAUGUCUUUCCUUGCCCAAGACCCAAGCUAACAGCAUAAAAAAUUACCAUUGUGAGAAAUGUCUUCGAGCCAAUCCGGAUAUUGGCCCCAGUAUUUUAAAGAGAAGAAGUGGUCGGCAAAGGCAUGUGGUGGAUUACCAGGCUUUGAAUGAGGAAGGAGAGUUGAGGUACAUAGAAGAACACAUGCACAUCAAGAGGUUCACGAAGUAUGAGUGCAAUAACGAGGGAAAAGUCAUUGUGAUAAACCCAAGUGAUCACAAAAGUGAGUACGAGGUGUUGGAUGAUGCUCUCGUGAAGGAGCUGAUCAAAAAGACAAAGUUGAGCGUUCCCAUCAUAAUGCCUUCGGCUGUGGGGAAAUCUAUGGCCCACGAAAAGGGAUAUAAUUUGGAGCUGAGUUUCCCUGGUGGAAUGACAGUUACGGAAAUUACUGAAUUGUUGGGUGAAGACCAUGCGGUUGAAGUUAUGGAUGUUUUGACUCAGGAUAACGACAGAUGGACGCUGGGCCGAUGGAGAGACUAUUACAACCUCGAUGCGAGCGAACGUGGAAAGAUCAGAAACGUUCUAAGCCUGGAAGUCUCUGACACUGGUUUGGGUGACAUUGUCAGGAUCCCAAAAUUUGUCCAGGAUAUAGAUAUCGUCGAAAGAGUAUGGCGAGAGAUAGUUUCAUCGAAGCUUAUAGACGGGGACUCGCCCUCCUGGAUAGAACGACCCAAAGUCACCAAGUAUUGUCUCAUGAGUGUGAAGGAUGCUUUCACUGAUUUCCAUCUUGAUUUCGGUGGUACUUCCGUUUAUUACACCAUUCUCAAAGGUCAGAAAUCCUUUUUAAUGUUCCCACCAACAGACGACAAUUUGCUUGCUUAUCAGAAAUGGUGUCUCAGGUCAGAUCAGAAUGAGACGUGGUUUGGGGAUAUGAUCGACACCAAAUCCGAACAGAACCGUGGGGUUAAGAUAGAUAUUUUCCAAGGAGACUUGCUUGUCUUGCCGUCUGGUUGGAUUCAUGCCGUCUACACACCUGUUGAUAGUGUGGUUAUUGGAGGUAACUACCUAAGCAGUUUCAGUACGGAGACACAACUCAAAGUUUUUGAGAUAGAGCAGGCUACAAAAGUUCCUGAGAGGUUCAAAUUUCCAAACUUCAACAAGAUCAUGUGGUUAAUUGGAUUUUACAGCUAUAAGUCCUCGACUGACUUGAGUGUGGAAGACGUGGAAUCUCUAGAGAGAUUGCUACCAUUCUACGAAAACCAGCUAGAACUGAUCAACAGCGACGCGACAACGGGUCGUGACUCAAAGAAGUUGAAGAAACAUAUCAAGCUGAGUCUCCCGACCAAGAUUAUUGGCAAGCCUCAAGUGUUUGUGGAUAACUACAGAGCCUGGAUCGGAGCUUUAAGAGCAGCUGACAGUGAACCAAGCACUUCAACUAUUAAAUUGGAAACCGACCGGAAACAUGACAUCGAAAGUUUAUCCGAGAGUCCUCGCCGAAAAAAGAGAUCCAGUCUGACUGCUGACGCUCGUGGCCCUGCAGCCAAAGUCAAGGUAUGA